AUGUUACGCACUACUAGAUUAUGGACCACCCGCAUGCCCACCGUGGGCAAGUUGUUUUUGAGAAACAGCUCCAGCAAUGCCCUGAACAAGAACAAACUACCAUUCUUGUACUCAUCCCAAGGGCCUCAAGCAGUGAGAUACACUGCCCAACAUGAGUGGAUAGCUGUGCAUCAGGACCAGACUGCCUUUGUCGGAAUUACAAAGUACGCCACUGAUGCCCUCGGGGACGCUACCUAUGUUGAGUUACCAGAGGUGGGUACCGAGAUUGCCCAAGGUGAGUCGCUAGGGUCCAUCGAGUCCGUCAAAUCAGCUUCUGAGAUCUAUCAGCCUGCCGAUGGUACCGUGGAGGAAAUCAACACUAAUCUCGAGGAAAAUCCAGGUGUGGUGAAUGAAGACCCUAUGGGUGACGGCUGGCUAGUCAAGAUGAAGCUUGGUGAAGGCGUUAAUGUGGAACAGGUCGAGGGUCUAAUGUCCUUAGAACAGUACGAAAAGACGCUGGUUCAUGAUGACUAA